AUGACUGUGGCAUCACCAGCACAAGGCUCCGCGGUGCGCGGCGCAUCCCUGUUGAUCAUCCUCCAGAUCGUUUCCCGCGCCAUAACCUUCAUAGCCAACCAGCUGCUCCUGAGGUUUUUGACUGCCCAGCUCCUCGGCGUCUCGACCCAACUCGAGGUCUACUACCUUUCCGUGCUCUUUUUCGCACGCGAGAGUCUGCGCGUUGCCAUUCAACGCCAGGCAAGCACCACUACUACCGCUGCUACCCCUGAGAAGUCUGCCGAUCCCGCAGCCAAGCCAUCCGGCAGCAACGAGAGUCAGUCUGUUGUCAAUGUCGGACAUCUGGCUCUCGUUCUCGGCGUACUAGCCGCCGUAGCUUUCGGCGGAUUGUAUCUGCAUUAUGUCGACCCCGCCACGGCCUCGGUAGCCUAUUUGAGCUCCUCAUUGUACAUAUUUGGCCUCGCUGCCAUCAUCGAGCUCUUGUCAGAACCAGCCUUUGUUAUCCUCCAGCACCGAUUGCGUUUCGGCCCGCGUGCAGCGGCCGAGGCUAUAGCCACUUUUCUCCGAUGUUUUGUUACAUUCGGAGCUGCCAAUUGGGCAUGGAGGAGCGGCCGUGAGAUGGGCGUUCUUCCAUUUGCCCUCGGUCAAUUGGGCUACGGUACUGGCCUCUUGGCCGUAUACCUAUGGUAUGGGUGGCGUUUGGCCUGGUCAGAAGGGUUCUCUCUCCUUCCAAAGAGGGUCACGAAGAUUGAAAACAAGGCAACCACAAGUCAACCUAUAGUACCUGAGCCUUAUACUCUUGGAUACUUUUAUACCCCGACUCUUCAUCUCGCCUCUAGUCUUACAGCUCAGUCUGUCGUCAAGCACAUUCUCACUCAAGGAGACACGUUUCUGGUCUCGAUCCUUUCAAGUCCCCAGUCGCAAGGCGUGUAUGCUUUGGCCAACAACUAUGGUAGUCUACUGGCGCGGCUUCUGUUCCAGCCCGUAGAGGAGAGCAGCAGAAACUACUUUAGCAAAUUACUUUCGACAAGAACCGAAGAUGCUAAAGAGAAAUCUGCAUCCGACGAGCCCGUCAAGGCAAACGUUACACAGGCGAGGGCUGAUCUGCAGUCUCUCUUCAAAUCUUACAUUCUACUCAGUAUCCUUGUCGUGUCUCUGGGCCCAUUCGGUGCUCCUCUUUUGGUGCAAAUCAUAGCAGGCAAAGCUUGGGCAGAGAGUGGUGCAGGCGACGUACUGGCUCAAUACUGUCUGUACAUACCCCUCCUGGCCAUGAACGGCAUCAGCGAGGCCUUUGUCUCGUCGGUAGCGACAAAGAGCGAGGUUCAUCGCCAAAGUGUUUGGAUGGGCGCCUUUAGUGUCAUGUUUGGCGUUGCAGGGUUCGUCUUCAUGCGUUUGCUGAAUCUGGGGGCAGUCGGGCUGGUUUAUGCCAAUGCAAUCAACAUGCUCUGCCGAAUCUUGUGGAGUAGCCGCUUCAUCUCGAGCUACUUUGACAGACAUGGCGCCGAGUUCACCUGGUCAGGCGCCUUGCCCAACGCUUCCGCCGUUUAUGUCCUUGGUACAGCCGUGCUAUGGCAAGUCUUGUAUCAAGUAGCUGGCGUAUCUGUUGGGGGAGUUUCCAACCACGUGUACAAGGAUGUAGUCAAAGUGGUAGGCUGCGCACUCCCCUACGUGGCACUGAUGGCAUAUCUGGAGAGACGGCUGCUUAUUGACAGCGUGCAAUCCUUCCGCAGGUCUAGAUAG